UUGUUAUUUGACGUAAUAAUUAUUUUUAUGCCCUUUUAGUCCGUCAGCCCCUGAGGAGGUCUGUGCAUGCCAUUGUAUAAACAUUGCAUGUUUCAAAACAACUUUUUUAUGCAAAUCAAAGGGUACACCAAGACCUUAAAUUGGCGUAUAAAACCAUCCACACUGUAACUCCGGGAACAGAGUUGGAAAAGGUGCAUUUGAAAGAGGAUUAAAAUACAAUUUAUAACCUGACCUCAGCUUUUUUUGUCAUACUGGGAAGUUUCUGCUUGUGUUACUGGCCAUCGUGUGGUGCAGUUGGACCUUCAGGACGAGGAUUUUAAAUUGACUUCAGAUUGACCGGACAGCAAAGUCCACAAACUCACAUAACCAGCCACACACGAUGUCCCUGAACUACAGACCCAUCAUUGGUAUUUUAUCCCAGGAAAACUGGGAGGGUGACCCUGACGCGCAGGGAUCUUCUUAUGUCCAAGCAUCAUAUGUGAAACAUUUGGAGUCAGCUGGUGCCAGAGUUGUGCCAAUCCACAUAAAUCAAACAAAGGAGGAAUAUGUAAAACUCUUCAACUCGAUAAACGGUUUGUUGCUGCCUGGUGGGAACGUAGACAUGGAGAAGUCCCAGUGUGCAAGAACUGCAAAGAUUUUCUAUGACCUUGCGAUAAAAGCGAAUGAUGCUUCAGAUUAUUUUCCGAUCUGGGGAACCUGUCAGGGUUUUCAGCAGCUCACAAUCCUGACCAGCAACAAGAACCUGCUGACAUUGACCGACACCAAAGGCUCCACUUUACCUCUGAUCUUCACUCCAGGAUCACACAACAGCAGGAUGUUCAAAAGGUUUCCAAAAGAUCUCAUUCAGUCUUUAGCAGAAGAAAACAUCACAUCUAAUUUCCAUUAUUUGAGUUUGUCACUACAGAAUUACAACAGCAAUGCCAAACUGAAGCAAUUCUAUAGAGUCUUAACCACCAAUACAGACGGCAAAACGGAGUUCGUUUCUACAAUGGAGGCGUAUCGCUAUCCAUUCUACGCUGUACAGUGGCAUCCAGAGAAAAGUCCAUUUGAGUGGAUUGAUAAAGCCGGUAUGGUUCACACGCUCUCGGCCAUCAAAGCUGCUUUCUACACCGCACACUUCUUCGUCUCUGAAGCAAUGAAAAACCAUCAUCACUUUCCUUCGCAAACUGAAGAAGAGAAAGCUCUUAUUUACAACUAUCUGCCGGUCUUCAAUGGCCUUAACAGCAUCUACAUGCAGAAUUACUACUUUGAAUAAUAAUACCCACAGUAUCCAUCAUGACCCCAAAGUCAGUGGUUUUUAUUAUGUUUUAAAACAAAUAUAUAUUAAGAGAUGUGACCACACACUGGGUUUUUAAAGAUUAAUAAUUACGCUCCUAUUUAUUCACGUCAUGUCCUGAUGUUAAAAAUCUGGAUGAUUUAUAUGUGAAAACAAUUGUCUUGACUAAAUGAAUCUGGUAGUAUAUAUACACCUGGGCCCGUAUGUAUAAAACUUCUCAGAAAUGCUCUUAAGAAUAGUCUUAAGCUAUGACUUAAGUGUCAAAAAAUUCUUAGUAAGGAGUAGGAGCAGUCUGAGAAUAAGAGACAUUUAUAAAGAAGCUGAAAGCAACUUUCAGUAAAGUGUAAGACUCAUUUUUAAGUGCUGACUUAAGUGCCACAAACUGAGGACUACAAUGAUUUCAACCUAAAAUGGCCGCCCUUAACCUCUGAAUCAGCCAAUAGAAAGCCGGCAAUGUUAAACAGUCACAGCAGCAUGUGACACCAUACAUUCAUGAAUCAUGAAGACAUUCAAAUUAUAUUAGUAUUUAAAUAUUUUAAUUUAAAUUUGCUUCAAAAACUGUUUAACAAUAUUACAAAUAACCAUUUUUCACCAUUUUGAUUAAGUUUUUAACAUGUUAAUGAAAUAGACAAACAUAAUGUUAUUUAAAAAAUUAAGAUGAUUAAUCACAUUAUUUUAACUUCACUCACAAGCUGUUUAUAAAGAAAAGACUAAAGUUUAUAAACACUUAAAAAAAAAAAAUACUUUGAUCAUGUUAAGUUGGAUUUCUCCUCUUAAACACCAUUGUAAUAUUUGCCAUCUUUGUCACUUUCACCUUUGGCUUGCUCACUGCUAACAUUGCUAACAUUAUGUUUUGGGUCAGGGUUUUAUACUCUAAUAUCACUUUACAUGUAAUGAUGUCACUGCAAUCUUGUACUUCACAUUUUUUAUUGUAGAUUUUAUUUACAUUUUAUGGUAUUUUAUUUACCUAUCAUAAACUGUAAAAUGUAAAAAGCGGCUCUACUUAAAAAACUUACUUAAAUUGUUAACACCU